AUGUUUAGAUUAAAUGUAAGAGCACCAUGUAAAAUGGAUUUGAAAAUGUUUCCGUUUGACUCCAUUGUUUGUCACUUAAUUUUCGAGUCAUACUCCUUCAAUACUGAAGAAGUUAGGCUUGUAUGGCAUGAAACGCCUGUGACGGUCUUUAAAAAAAUUUUUAAAAUUUUAAUUCAAAAAAAUUUUUUUGAGAUGAUGGAAAAAGUAGAACUGCCAGAUUUUGAUUUAAUUGGAUGGGGGACAGAUCACGAAAGAUUAGAAUACCCAAAUGGAAUAUGGGACCGUGCUCAAGUAAAAUUUACAUUCGCUAGACGCUACGGCUUUUACCUCUUUCAAUCCUACUUCCCAACAAGUCUAACUGUCAUUAGCUCGUGGGUAGGGUUCUUCUUUGAUGUUCGUUCUGUAUCGGCGAGGAUUACACUUGGCGUUUCUUCACUUUUAGCCUUAACUUUUCAAUUUGGAAAUGUUCUUAGGUUAAAUUUCAAAAAUAGAAAAAAAUUUUUGAAAAAUUUUAAAUUAGAAAAAUAUUUUUAUGGAUAUCUAGUUAAGUAG